CCGCUCCUCUGAAAACGCCUUCUAGGAGGAUGCUGUGCGGGCGAAGACGGUGCUAACCACGACCCGCGAUUCCUGCCACCUAAGAAACCUUCUCCCCAGCAGUCCCUGCCUGGCCCCUGCCUAAAUGCUGGGCUCUGCCAGCUGCCUCCACCUGACCCAGUGCCCUGCACAGGAGCAGAACCGCCUGCCAGCUGUAUGAGCCUCUGCUGCGCCCCCGGGGUACCUCUCCUAGGACUCAUUCUCAGAAAGGGACUCACACUGGGACGCCCGAGUCGGCUGUGUGACUCAAGAGACUCGGCUCUCUUCGGUCUUCCAGAUGUGUUAUCUUGUCUAUCUUGUCUGCAUACUUGAAGCACCCACUGUUCACAUGCGCUGCAGAAUCACCGCGCUAUGUGCCCGUGCAGAGAGGCGCAGAGCGGCAGGCUGUGGCCCCAGAUAACUUGUCUGCCGUCCCAGGACUGAACUGAUGUCUCUUCCAGUGAAGCCGGGACAAAGCUUCCAAGUCCAGCCAUGCACAUGCUCUUGCCCAGUGGACUCUGCUGUCGACUGUGACGUGGCUUGGUCUCUCUGCCACUGGAGAGCAGCGCACUCUGCAGCCCAGGGCCUGAUGGCUGCAGGGACCAGGGUCAGUGUGCCAAGCAUCUAGCCGGUGGGGACACCAGGCAGGCCGUGAUGACCGACCCCGGGGAGGAGAAAGUAUGCAGGAUGGCCCAGACGAGCUUGCUGCAGGGAAAGCCCUUCUACUGUCGGGAGUGGGUUUUCCACCGGCUGCAGCAUUGCCUCCAGGAGAAGACCAGCUGCUGCCACAGUGCUGGCAACACCCCGGCCCCGCCCGGGAAUUCUGGGAAUAACGCUGGGACUGCCCCUGCCAAGGGAGGAGCCUGGGGUGUGCUCCUGGUCGGAGGCCCUGGCAGUGGCAAGACGGCCCUGUGCACGGAGCUGCUAUGGCCCAGCUCGCCCAGCAGCACACAGCGAGGCCUGCACCGCCAGGCUCUGGCCUUCCACUUCUGCAAGGCUCAGGACGCGGAGACUUUGUGUGUGGGAGGCUUCAUCCGUGGCCUGGUGGCCCAGAUCUGCCGCAGCGGGCUGCUCCCAGGGUACGAGGACAAGCUGAGGGACCCGGCAGUGCAGAGCCUGCUGCAGCCUGGGGAGUGUGAGAGAAACCCCGGCGAAGCCUUUAAAAGGUGUGUUCUGCUGCCACUCCUGGGCAUGAAACCCCCGCCGCAGAGCCUGUUCGUGCUGGUGGACUCAGUGGACGAGGGCUGCGGCGUGGCGGAGGGUGAGCACGCGGCUGCCAGCUUCUCCGGGACCGUCGCUGAGCUGCUUGCCUCCCACCACGACUUCUUCCCCCCGUGGCUGCUGCUUCUCUGCUCAGCCCGCAAGCAGAGCAAGGCCGUGACCAAGCUGUUCCCCGGUUUCCGGAAGAUCAGCCUCGAUGACCUCCGAAAGGCCUACAUCGUGAAGGACGUGCAGCAGUACAUCUUGCACCGCCUGGACCAGGAGGAGGCUCUGCGCCAGCACCUCACCAAGGAGACGGCGGAGAUGCUCAACCAGCUGCACAUUAAGAGCAGCGGCUGCUUCCUCUACCUGGAGCGGGUUUUAGAUGGCGUCGUGGAGAGCUUUAUCAUGCUCAGAGAGAUCCGUGACAUCCCGGGCACGCUCAAUGGGCUCUAUCUCUGGCUGUGCCAAAGACUCUUUGUGAGAAAACAGUUUGCAAAGGUCCAGCCUAUUUUGAAUGUGAUUCUUGCCGCCUGUCGACCUUUGACGGUGAUGGAGUUGUAUCAUGCAGUGUGGACCAAAAACAUGUCCCUCACGUUGGAAGACUUCCAGCGCAAGCUGGACGUCCUCUCCAAGCUUCUCGUCGACGGCCUCGGCAGCACCAAGAUCCUUUUCCACUACAGCUUCGCCGAGUGGCUGCUGGACGUGAAGCACUGCACCCAGAAGUACCUGUGCAACGCUGCGGAGGGGCACCGCAUGCUGGCCAUGAGCUACACCUGCCAGGCCCGGCACCUCUCUGCCCUGCAGGCGCAGGAGUUUGCCUUGCACUUGGUCAACUCCAACCUGCAGCUGGAGCCCGCCGAGCUGGCGCUUUGGAUGAUCUGGAAUGGCACACCAGUCCGCGAUGCCCUGUGCACCCUCAUCCCCAAGGAGCAGGAGGUCCUGCAGCUGCUGGUGAAAGCAGGCGCCCACGUUAGCAGCGGGGACGAGCGCGCCUCAGGUAUUGUGCGGCAGGCCCUGGAGAGGGAGGACUCCAUCCGGACGCUGCUGGACAAUGGCGCCUCCGUCAACCAGCGUGACUCCAACGGGAGGGCGCUGCUAGCCAACGCUGCCUACAGCGGCAGCCUGGACGUCGUCAACCUCCUGGUGUCUCGGGGGGCCGACCUGGAGGUGGAGGACGCUCAUGGGCACACGCCACUGACACUGGCUGCGAGGCAGGGCCACACCAAGGUGGUGAACUGUCUGAUCGGGUGCGGCGCCAACAUCGACCACACCGACCAAGAUGGCUGGACGGCUCUGCGGUCCGCUGCCUGGGGUGGCCACACCGAGGUGGUCUCCGCCCUGCUCUACGCGGGUGUCAAGGUAGACUGCGCAGAUGCCGACAGCCGCACCGCUUUGAGGGCGGCGGCCUGGGGUGGCCACGAGGACAUCGUGCUGAACCUGCUGCAGCACGGCGCAGAGGUCAACAAAGCUGACAAUGAGGGCAGGACGGCGCUGAUAGCAGCGGCAUACAUGGGCCACCGGGAGAUUGUGGAGCACCUGCUGGAGCACGGCGCUGAGGCCAACCACGAGGAUGUGGACGGCAGGACAGCACUCUCUGUGGCUGCCCUCUGUGUGCCUGCCAGCAAGGGCCACGCAUCCGUCGUCAGCCUCCUGAUUGACCGAGGGGCGGAGGUGGACCACUGUGACAAAGAUGGCAUGACCCCACUGCUGGUGGCCGCCUACGAGGGCCAUGUGGAUGUAGUGGACCUGCUGCUCGAGGGGGGUGCCGACGUGGACCACACAGAUCACAACGGCCGCACGCCCCUGCUGGCGGCAGCCUCCAUGGGCCACGCGUCGGUGGUGAACACGCUGCUCUUCUGGGGCGCCGCAGUGGACAGCAUCGACAGUGAGGGUCGCACGGUGCUCAGCAUAGCCUCAGCACAGGGCAACGUGGAGGUGGUGCGCACCCUGCUGGACCGGGGCCUGGACGAGAACCACAGGGAUGAUGCAGGCUGGACGCCACUGCACAUGGCAGCCUUCGAGGGCCACAGGCUCAUCUGUGAGGCACUCCUGGAGCAGGGCGCCCGCCCCAACGAGAUGGACAAUGACGGCCGCAUCCCCUUUAUCCUGGCCGCCCAGGAGGGCCACUACGAUUGCGUGCAGGUCCUGCUGGAGAGCAAGUCGGCCAUUGACCACCGUGGCUACGAUGGCCGGAAUGCCCUGCGGGUGGCCGCCCUGGAGGGACACCGUGAUAUCGUGGAGCUGCUCCUCAGCCAUGGCGCCGACGUUGACUAUAAGGACGCUGAUGGCCGGCCCACGCUGUACAUCCUGGCGCUGGAGAACCAGCUGGCCAUGGCUGAGUACUUCCUGGAGAACGGCGCCGACGCCGAGGCCUGCGACGCGGAAGGCAGGACUGCACUGCACGUCUCAUGUUGGCAGGGACACCUGGACAUGGUACGGGUGCUCCUGGGCCACCAGGCCGACGUCAACGCCGCUGACAGCGAGAAGCGCUCAGCCCUGCAGUCAGCAGCCUGGCAGGGCCAUGGGAAGGUGGUGCGGCUGCUGCUGGAGCGCGGUGCCGGAGUGGACCACACCUGCAACCAGGGUGCCACCGCGCUCUGCAUUGCGGCCCAGGAGGGCCACCUGGACGUCGUGCAGGUGCUGUUGGAGCGUGGUGCCGACCCCAACCACGCUGACCAGUUCGGCCGCACAGCCAUGCGUGUGGCAGCCAAAAAUGGCCACUCGCAGAUCAUGAAACUCUUAGAGAAGUAUGGUGCCUCGAGCCUCAACGGCUGCUCCCCAUCCCCCGUGCACACGAUGGAGCAGAAGCCCCUCCCAUCAGCCUCGGCCAAGGGGCAGGCGCUGACCAUCAAGUCCAGCAGCUCAGGGAGCACGGGUGGGGGUGAUGCGCCGCCCUCUCUGCGUGGCCUGCCCAGCGGCCCGGCCCACGCCUUCAGCUCCCCGUCUGAAUCGCCUGACUCCACUGUGGAGCGCCACAAGUCGUCACUGUCCAACAACUCCCUCAAGAGCUCCCAGAACUCUUCGCUGCGGACCACGUCCUCCACAGCCACGGCGCAGACGGUGCCCAUGGACAGCGUGCCCGGCCUGUCCUUCACUGAGCAGAUCCAGCAGCACUCCCUGCCUCGCUCCCGCAGCCGCCAGUCCAUCGUGUCCCCCUCCUCCACCACACAGUCCCUGGGCCCCAGCCACCGUUCCCCCAGCAGUGAGUUUGAGUGGAGCCAGGUCAAGCCCAGCCUGAAGUCCACCAAGAGCAGCAAAAGCGGGAGAGCGGAUGGCGUCGGCAAGGCAGGCUCGGCAGGCAGAAAGACCAAAGCCAGCCACUCGACACAGCCAAAGGUGCUAGAAUACGAAAUGACCCCCCUCGAUGCCAGGGGCCUCCCUGCCCAGACGGGGAGCGGGGGACCCCACAGAAUGGCUUCCUCGGACCUUCCCUGCCAAGUGGUCAUCCCGCCCGCCCCACAGGACGUGGGGCGCUCCCAGCAGCAGCUGCUCAUCCAGCAGCAGAGUGGGGAGCAGAAGAAGAGAAACGGCAUCAUGACCAACCCCAACUACCACCUGCAGAGCACCCAAGUGUUCCUGGGGCGCGUGUCUGUGCCCCGCUCCGUGCCCGACCGGGGGCGGCAGGAGGUGCCUGAAGGCUUCCCGCCCUCCGACACAGAGCUCAGCCUGAAGCAGGCGCUGAAGCUGCAGCUCGACAGCCCCGACCCCAGCUUCAACUACAAGAAGGAGACGCCCUUGUGAGUGUCCUCUUCCAUGAAACGUGUGGCAUCAUGGCCGGAGCAGUUCUGCAGUACUGGACGGAAACCUGAUGCAGGUUUGGUGAGAGGAAGAAGCGGUUCUGCGAGUUUUCUGUGGUUGUGACAUGCCUCCCGCCCGCAGCUGGCUGCUUCUCAGUGUCACCACUGGGCUCAGGCCUCUCUGUGUGCUUGGACCCCCCACUAGGACUCAGCACUUUUUUAUGUAGGUAUGGACUGCAGUGCCCGAGAAACGCUGAAAAAGAUUUGAGUAUUUUAAGUUAAGAUUUGAUGAACGUGCAUGUGCCAUGAUCAAACACAUAUGAAAAGUGUUCUUGUAUUUAUUUUUUUCCUUUUGUGGCACCUACACGUGCACAUUCUGUUUGUUGCGUCCGCCCUGUCCGUUUGGUCUGUUCCUUGUGUAUCUUUGCAAGUGUCGCUCAAUAAAGGAAAUCGCACACGUC